CCAGCCCCAAACUGAUCAUCAUCAUGCUAGCUUUAUCUCCUCCUUUGUUUUCAACCGUUGGAUGGCCUUCAGAGGAUCCCAUAGGUUAUGACCAGAAGUACUUCUACAGAGACAGUUCCAAUGAUCAAACUGCAGAGUCGUUCCUUCAUAUCCUUCCAUCUCAGCUGCCACAAUUUGAGCUCGAUCUUUCCACAACUAUCAGCGGGGACAAUUCCAGCGGUUUCGCAGUGGCUAAGAAGCUUAAUCAUAACGCUAGUGAGCGUGAUCGUCGCAAGAAGAUUAAUAGCUUGUAUUCCUCAAUGCGUUCACUGCUUCCUGCAGAUCAAGCGAAAAAAUUAAGCAUUCCGAAUACAAUUUCGCGAGUGCUGAAAUACAUACCGGAGCUCCAAAAGCAAGUGGAAGGACUAAUUCGAAAGAGGGAGGAGCUUUUAUCAAGAGCUUCUAAGCAAGAAGAUGUGAUGCAGGAGGAGAAGGACAUGAAAAGCACAGCUCGAAGUUCAUCAUUAUCUGCUGUUUCAACCUAUCGGCUUAGUGAUAGAGAAGUAGCAAUUCAAAUAUCUACCUUGAAGACUCACAACAAUCUAUUAUCUGAGAUAUUGCUAAAUUUGGAGGAGGAGGGGCUUCAAGUACUAAAUGCUUCUUUCUUGGAGUCAUCUGGAGAGAGGGUCUUCUAUAAUUUACAUCUUCAGGUGGAAAGAAGUUACAGAUUAGAAUGUGAGAAUUUAAGCGAGAAGCUCAUGUCCUUCUAUGCCUGAGAAAAGGCAGGAGUUAUUCCCAUAGGAAUGUUUGGUUCUGAUGUGCAGUGUGUAGCAGGUACUUAUGGAGAAGAUUAGUCUCAACCAUGAGAAGCUCAUGUCCUUCUAUGCCUGAGAAAAGGCAGGAGUUAUUCCCAUAGGAAUGUUUGGUUCUGAUGGGCAGUGUGUAGCAGGUACUUAUGGAGAAGAUUAGUCUCAACCAUGGGAGUAUGAACGAAACAAAAGUAAAUUUUAGACAAUGCCAUGUAAAUACUAGUUGAAAAUUGGAAGCCAUGAUCAGAAGGCAUGGCAACAAAACUACAAAAAAAGUAGUCAUUUGCAACCAAUUUUUUCCUAGGGACUCCAAAUAUCCUCGGAACAAACACUAUUUCCGACAACAAAGUACCAUCUGUUGGAAAUACCGAGUGUUCACUAUUUCCGACACCCAAAUUGCCCUCAAAAAAGAGUUCUUUUGCCGUUGGAAAUAACUGAUUUUUGGCGCCAAAAAUUGACAAUCUGUCCUCACAUCAACAACUGACAACACAAUAGA